CUACUCCAUUCCUCAUCUGUCUUUACAUUUCUUCAGUCGUCGUCCUGUCCGGCCCAGACUAUGCAUCCUUCUCGGCUAUUUACAGGACCAUUUCUUGUCCUACCCCCCUACAUGCAACAUGUGAGAUGUCACGAUUCACGGAGUUUCCAUUCAACGAAAUGAUCUCCGGCACCGAGGGCGGCGCCCGUGCCCCCUUCGAGACCGGUCUUCCUAUCUUCUCCCCACUGCGACUUUAGUGGUUCUGCGCAUCUGCAGUCUACGUGGACUUGAUCGCACUUACUGCUAUUCAUAUUCAAUGGCAUCUAUUGUCAAUUUCAUCUCGAAUGUGCUCCUCCGCCCUGUGGAGUCCUACUGCAGCUUCGGUCCGACGGUGAGUGAAAUCACCUUUGGACAGCUGGGGUACUCCUUCAAUCCCGAACGCGACAUCAAUGAUCUGUCAGGGAAGGUUGUCUUCGUCACUGGAGGAAAUGCUGGUCUAGGGAAAGAAACCAUCCUCCAACUCGCCCAUCACCGCCCAUCUCGCAUCUACCUUGGUGCACGGAAUGCGAUCAAAGCCGAAGAAGCCAUCGCUUCAAUCCGGGAGCAGGUCCCAUCCGCCGAUAUCAGACAUAUAUCCCUCGACUUGUCCUCAUUCAAGUCGAUCCGUGCCGCUGCCGAGCAGUUCACGUCAGAAUGCGAUCGCCUGGACCUCUUGAUCCUUAACGCGGGAAUCAUGAACUGCCCGCCUGCCCUGACAGAGGAAGGAUUCGAGAUUCAAUUUGGGACGAAUCAUAUCGGGCAUUUCCUACUUACUCAGCUACUACUGCCCACACUGCAACGAACGGUUGAUCUUUCCAGGGAUGUCCGUGUAGUAACGUUGUCCUCUGCCGCGAAUGUCGCUGCGCCUCCCUUCGAAGUCAUGACUUCUACGCCGGCUUUACUAGCAGAUCACACUUUGGCCCGAUACUGUUCAUCAAAGGCAGCGAAUAUCCUUUUUGCGUCGGAGCUGGCUCGUCGCCAUCCGGAGAUUCUGUCUGUCGCGGUACAUCCCGGCUCCGUCGUGAGCGACCUAUGGGAUCAUUCGAUCAAGACGAGUGUCGUCGCCAAAUACAGUAUCGGCGCUCUCCUGGCGUUCAGUCGGAGCAUACGGAGCGGAGCACUCAACCAACUCUGGGCCGCAGGGGCGAGAAGAGAAUUGCUGACCAACGGAGCUUAUUAUGUUCCCAUUGGGGUGCACGCUACGGGCAACCGGUACGCAAGGGACGCCGAUAUGGCGCGGCGACUGUGGGAGUGGACUGAGCAGCAGAUUGCGGACAAAUCGUAACCUUAUCCGGUUCCAAUGAUGUUUUGGUCAUCCCCCACCUCAGGCCCUGUAUCUAGAGAUCGACGAAUUAGCCCAGGAUAUGCAUGGCCAUGCCUCGGAAACAACACUGUGACUGUCAUAAUAUAGCAAAUAAUCGAUAUUCUAUGGAAUAACAUGAUGCGAUACUGGACGUUGCUUCAGGGUCCGGAU